AUGAGCGAGGCGAAGCAGCCCGUCGUGCUCAACGUCUACACCGUCGGCCACAACAAGGUCCUCCAGGAGCUCAACUACGUCGUCGAGAACUUUCUGGGCGAGGGCGGCGUCUUCCACGGCGCGAUCGAGGUCUGCGGCCACGAGCACUCCUUCGGCGGCUGCCGCCAGAAUAGGUGCGGCAUCUUCACCUGCGAGCCCAAGAAGUGCCCCAUGCACACCUUCCGCGAGAGCUUCUACCUCGGCGACUGCGGCAAAUCCGAGCGGCAGAUCCACGACGUCCUCGAGUCCAUGAAGCCCGAGUGGAUGGGGCCGACCUACGACCUGCUGCGCAAGAACUGCUGCUACUUCUCCGAGGCCUUCUCCCUCAAGCUCGGCACGGGCAAGAUCCCCAAGUGGGUCAACCACCUCGCGCACGUCGGCGCGAUCCUCGACACGGAGUCCAAGUCCGUCAUCCACGACCUCCACUCCAUCGAGGACGCCGUCGAGAACGAGGGCAUGGAAGUCUGGGAGUUCACCCACGGCAAGAGCGCCAAGACGGACGCGAAGUAG